AUGACUGCCAACAUCACCCCCUCCAAGCAGGCCGCUGCCGCCAUUGACUCUUUCAAGAUCGAGUCUCCCGCCAAGAAGCUCAGCUUCAGCCCGGCCGACAAGGAGAACCAGCAUCUGGAUGAGGACUCCCUCGCCAACCUCGCUGAGCAGAUGGACAACCAGAAGCGUGUCGAAGUGGCCAAAGUCGACGAGACCAAGAAAGUUGAUGAGACCAAGAAAGUCGAGAAGGAGGAGUCCGCUGUCGCUGUCGCCCCCGGCAUCAAGCCCGAGGAGUCUGAUGAGCCCCUCCUACAGGACAACCCCCAACGCUUCGUCCUGUUCCCCAUCAAGUACCACGAGAUCUGGCAGAUGUACAAGAAGGCCGAGGCCUCUUUCUGGACCGCCGAGGAGAUUGACCUGUCCAAGGACCUCCACGACUGGAACAACCGCAUCAAUGAUGACGAGAAGUUCUUCAUCUCUCACAUCCUUGCCUUCUUCGCUGCCUCUGAUGGCAUUGUCAACGAGAACCUCGUUGAGCGUUUCAGUGGCGAGGUCCAGAUCCCCGAGGCCCGCUGCUUCUACGGUUUCCAGAUCAUGAUGGAGAACAUUCACUCGGAAACCUACUCUCUCCUCAUCGAUACCUACAUCAAGGAACCCUCCCAGCGCACAUACCUCUUCAACGCCAUUGAGACCAUCCCUUGCAUCCGCAAGAAGGCCGACUGGGCUAUCAGGUGGAUCCAGGACCGCAACUCUACCUUUGCCCAGCGUCUUGUCGCCUUUGCUGCUGUCGAGGGCAUCUUCUUCAGCGGGGCCUUUGCUUCCAUCUUCUGGCUCAAGAAGCGUGGUCUGAUGCCAGGUCUGACCUUCUCUAACGAGCUCAUCUCGCGUGACGAGGGUCUCCACACCGACUUUGCCUGCCUGCUGCACUCGCACCUCAAGCACCGCGCCAGCAAGCAGAUCAUCCACGAAAUCAUCACCGAUGCCGUCGCCAUUGAGAAGGAGUUCCUCACAGAAGCUCUGCCCUGUGCCCUGCUCGGCAUGAAUGCCUCCCUGAUGCAGCAGUACAUUGAGUUUGUCGCAGACCGUCUACUGGUCGCCCUCGGCAACGACAAGGUCUACAACUCGACCAACCCCUUCGACUUCAUGGAGAACAUCUCCCUGGGUGGCAAGACCAACUUCUUCGAGAAGCGUGUUGCUGACUACCAGAAGGCCGGUGUCAUGAACUCUGCCGCCAAGAAGGAGGAGGAGGCCACAGAGAAUAUGGAGGGCGACUUCGUUUUUGAUGCCGACUUCUAA